GAAACAUGUCAUUUCUUUUUACUCCCUAGCCCUGCGUGAUCAUGGCCCAGUGGAUGCACAUGACCCAGAUGUUGCAGCAUCUGCCUUAUGAGACAGUCAGCAGCCUCUAUCCACCAAACUCCUUCCCGAUUGAAGUCAGGCAUUACAUAUCUGAAUGGAUAGAGAACCAACGAUGGGAGGACUUUUCACAGGAAAAGAUAGAGCAAGAGAGUCAAGCUCAAAUUCUGUUGGACCAGGGUAUCAGCAUGCUGCAAUCCGUUGCUCAGCAGAAUGCCAAUGUUGUCGAGAAGAUGAAGCUGAUGCAGAUGAGCAGGAACAUGGAACUGUAUCACCAUCAGCCACUGAAGUUUGCACUGAUGGUCAGAGACAUCCUCAGGCAGGAGAGGGCUCUGAUAAACGGA